GUCUACUGACCUUGAUCUAAGAGAAUCGACCAACGGAGUUUUAAUUUCAUUUUUUUGUUUGUGAGGGUGUAUGUCAAGGUACAGACUUGGUCAUGUAAGGGGAGAAUUAUAUGUGUCAGGUAGCCGGUUAGCUCAGUCAGUAGAGCACUCGCCCUGUAAGCGAGGGGUCCCAGGUUCGAGCCCCGGACUGCACAUUUUUCUCACCCUGUGACAUAUAGUCCAAGAAAAUGCUGACUCAACAAGUUAUCUUUUCAAGUGUCAGGCAACUUCCAUGUCUAAGAUGGGUUAACAGGACAUUUGGACGGAGAUAUGGUACAGCGGUAAUUCGUGAUAUUCUGAAGUUACAUGACAGAGGCAUUUUUCAAGCAAUGAUACCAGAAGCAAAAGCACCAGAUUUUGCAAAGAAGUUAUCUUCCCCUCAGGAAAUAUACUGUGGAUUUGAUCCCACAGCUGAAAGCUUACAUAUUGGAAACCUGGUUGCUAUAAUAGCCCUGAUCCAUUGUCAGAGAGCCGGGCAUCAGCCUAUAGCAGUGGUAGGAGGAGCUACUGCGCAUAUUGGGGACCCUAGUGGAAAAACAAAGGAUAGAGAUGAGAUUUCAGCAGAAUCUAUUGAACAAAAUAUCAUAGGUCUUACAGAAAAUCUUGAGAGAAUAUUUACAAACCAUGCUGUGUACCUGUGGAAGGAUCAAAGAGACUUAAAGGAUGUGAAAAUUUUGAACAACAGAAGCUGGUACACUGAGAUGAAUGUGAUAGAUUUCCUUACCAAGACUGGUCGCUAUUUUAGAUUGAAUAGUAUGCUUAAUAAACACAGUGUGAAGAGUCGUCUUAGUUCACAAGCAGGCAUGUCAUUUACAGAAUUUACCUAUCAAGUUUUCCAGGCUUUUGAUUGGCUGUAUUUACUACAGAAUCACAACUGUUAUAUUCAGAUAGGUGGCCACGACCAGUACGGGAACAUUACAGCAGGCAUGGAUCUGAUUGACAAAGCUUUAAAAGAAAGAACAUUUGGUUUGACUUUACCACUAAUAACAUCCUCACAGGGACACAAAGUAGGAAAGUCAGAAGGCAAUGCUGUUUGGCUGGAUCCAAAUAAAACAACUCCAUAUGAAUUGUAUCAGUAUUUUUUGAAUGUCAAGGACCCAGAUGUUGGAAAGUAUCUAAAGCUGUUCACCUUUUUACCAGAUGCUGAUGUAGACAGUAUACUGAGAAAUCACCAGUUUGAACCAGAAAAAAGAAAAGCACAGAAAAUUUUAGCUGAAAAAGUUCUGCUAUUAGUGCAUGGAGAGACUGGUUUACAGGAGGCUAGAAGGUGGACAGAUGCAUUCUUCAGUGACAGUCCUGAGCCCCUGCUCAAUCUGUCAGAUAAUGAAAUGCAGAGGUUGUUCCAUAAUGCACCUACCAAAGAUCUUCCCAUCCAACAUGAUAUGACAGUCCUGAAUCUAGUCAUGAAAAGUAAAACGUUUGAUAGAGAAGUUGAUGCAAUAAGAAUUAUCAAAGCAGGAGGAAUUUAUAUUAACCAUGCAAGAGUUACAGAACCUGAUUUCCUGCUUACAUUUGGGCAGCACAUUUUACCAAAUAAUAUCACUUUACUACGAAUAGGGAAGAAAAACUACCACAUUAUUCGAUGGAAAUCCUUAAGCUGAGAGAAGGACCCAAAUGUUUAUCUGUUUAACUUCCUUUUUUAUUGUGUUUUGUCAUUGAUUUAAACCAUAGUCAAAUUGCAAUAAACUGAAAACAAAUUUCA